UCUCUCUCUCUCUCUCUCUCUCUCUCUCUCUCUUUCUCACAGAGGGACUUCGAAAAGGGGAAUGAGAAUGAGCUGCAACGGGUGUAGAGUCCUCCGGAAAGCCUGCAGCGAAGAUUGCACCAUCAGGCCUUGCCUCCAGUGGAUCCAAUCCCCCGAGUCGCAGGCCAACGCCACCACGUUCCUCGCCAAGUUCUACGGCCGCGCCGGCCUCAUCAACCUCAUCAAUGCUGGCCCCUCCAACCUCCGCCCAGCCGUUUUCAGGUCGUUGCUGUACGAGGCCUGCGGGCGGAUCGUCAACCCGAUCUACGGCUCGGUCGGGCUGCUCUGGUCGGGCAACUGGGCCCAGUGCCAGUCGGCCGUCGAUGCGGUGCUCCAGGGCUCCUCCCAGUUCUUGCGAUCGCCUUCGCUCGACUCCACGGGGCCCCGCCUCAAGCCCUGCGACAUCCGCCACGUCCGGAAGACGUCCGGCUCCGGCGGCCUCCGCAAGAUCAGGACCAGGACUCAGUUCAAGCGGUCGUCAUCGAAUCGGGACAAGCUGGGCACGGAGCCCGAGGAGCUGUUCGGCCGUGAAGGGAGCAAGUGGAUCUACCCGGGCCCCAUCUACGAGGAGGCGAGCCACGACUCACGGGCGGCGGCGAACCGGGAGAGCGCGGAGGCCGAGAGCAUCUUCUCGGUGGAGACCGUGGAGGCUUCACUGGCAAACCUGGGGAAGCGGAACCGGAUGCUGAAAUUCGACUGGCCGGCGGAGGAGAGUCCGGAGAGUCCACUCCAGUUAGAGCUGGGUCUGGGCGUCAAACCGUCGUCACAUCCAAGCGAGCCCGACUUCGGUCGGCAUUGAUCAGACGAGAAAUAAAGCCUUAUCCUUUUGUCGUCAUUUUUAGUUCAAUUUGUCAUCGAGUUUCAGUUUCGCAAUUCCGAUUGUUCCGAUGCUUUGAUGUUUGCGGUGAGGUGACAGAUUUCGAUGUGUACAUACAGCACAUGAUAUAUGAAUGAGAUAGAAACACUGAG